AUGGCCGGGGUUUUGUUUGAGGACAUUUUUGAUGUGAAACAUGUCGAUCCUGACGGCAAAAAAUUCGACAGAGUGUCCAGACUGUUCUGUGAGAGUGAGUCCUUCAAGAUGGACCUGAUACUUGACGUCAACACGCUAAUUUACCCCGUGGAACUGGGUGAUAAAUUUCGACUUGUCAUCGCCACCACACUCCGCGAGGACGGCUGCCCGGACGACGGCGAGUUCAACCCGACCAGCACCGGGCCCAGCCGGGCGGAUCAGUUCGAGUACGUCAUGUACGGCAAGGUCUAUCGCAUCGAGGGCGAUGACGGAUCCAUGGAUUCCUCCAGACUGGCAGCCUACGUGUCGUUUGGCGGACUUCUAAUGAGGCUCAAGGGGGACUCCAACAACUUACACGGAUUUGAGAUCGAUUCCCGGGUCUACCUCAUGAUGAAGAAGCUGGCCUUCUAA